CAUGCAACAGCUGGAAUCAUGAGGGGCUCGAGAGUCGAGAGAGAGAAGGCUUGAGUGUAACUCCGUGAAUAUCCGGGAAUUACUUCCACACAUGAUGGAGUUCCUCUUUACUGGUGUGAGGAAUACUGGAAUUGAUGUGAAUGCUGCAGUUGAUGUCUUUGACAAGCUUCUUCGACAGCCUUUACAUGUUCCAAGAGAACAAGUUCUCAUAGCUUUGUUCAAUAGGGCUCUUCUGCUGAAUCGCCAUGUUGGAGGCUUUUACGCCAAUCACCUUGCUGAUGAGAAAGACGAACUGUUGCAUCACACGCUUAAGACAAGCUUCUUUGAUCCAUUUACUGUUCUUGACUCUACUGGAGGAUCUCAGGCAGAUUGGCUUGUGCAAAAAGCAUGGUGGCGCUUACAGGCUUGGGUGUUUGGUCGGCGUAAAGAGCAGCAGUGUGACUGUAUAACUCAUCUUUUCAUGAUCUUUAUUCAUGGAGGUUAAACGUGUUAGAAGAGGAGUUGCCUGAUGCCAUCUACUAUCUGGCUCGCUAUCUCAGCAUCACCCGGCCUAAUGUCCUAAUCACCUAUUCGAAUUUGGUGACCUUGAUCGUACUGGC